AUGCCUACUGCAAACCCAACUAAUCCCGUCUGCCCUGCCCAUUGCAGUGACCCUAAUACCUGGAAAAGUCAGCUUGUUGGUGGACUCUGUGGGCUGGCAGCGCUGUUAAUGAUCCUGGGGGUUCUGACUUGGGCCUACUGGUUCCACGCCAAGGAAGCCCGCCUAAAGCACCCCCAGAGACUCAUCACCGAAGAAUACCUCGCACGAAAGAAAAAGAUAAAGAAGUUGGCGAAGGAGCGGAACAAGAGUUCGUGGUGGCACUUCUGGAGCAACAAGGACAGGCGCAAUCGCGGGGAGCCAUUCAAGAAGGAGGAGAGGAGAAAGCUCUCCCCUCGCCUCACGAUACUUUGUGACAGCCCAUUGGCCGCAUUGGCCGAGCUACCUGGUUGCGAGGACCUCCCCCAUGUUCAACACGCAGACUCUGGGACUCGGUUGGAGAUUAUCGCGCUGCGCGGCGGCCUCCGCCUCCCUCACCAGCCUGAAGACGUUGACCGUGACGUCCUGACAAGUGUCCCUUAA